ACAGAACAUCCGCACGGUGACGCUCUAUCUAGCUUCCCUCUCUAUGGAUUUGCUGGACGGUGCCCGUGGAGGUUCAAAUCUCGUCUGACAGCUGAGUGCCGUCUACCCAUUGAUGUAGAGACACCAUGGCCCCGGCUUUUCCCUCGGACUGGGAUGACGAUGAACGGAUGUCCUUCUUGUUCUCUGCCUUCAAGCAGUCUCGUGAUGUGGACAGUGCAGAUUGGGACAGUAAAAUGGCUUUCUGGACACCUCUGAUUAUAAUGCACGCUAAGGCUCAAGGGCUACUCACAAUUUCGUUGUGCCAGCUACAAAAAGACUUUACCCGCAAGGGCAUUUCUCCUUUAGGUCUGGGAACAGUCGUCCAGGAAAUGCUAAGGCAAGGUUCCCUGCAGAGAGAGUCCGAUUUUGUGGCAGGUAUCACCAGCGGCUGGGUCUCUUGGGGCGUGAGAGAGCUGGUCAUCAAACCUCUACGCUGGACCAUCAGCUCAGUCCUCGGUGGACAGUUAAACCCAGAUGAGCCAUUUGUGGUUCCUGAAGUAAUAAAGGAACAGGCAGAUGUGGUGUUACAGAAGUACCAGUCCUCUCCACUCUGCACCGUCCCCUUGCUGUGUGAGGAUGAUGUACAUGGACUCUGCAAAGAUCUGAUCCCGACUAAGUCUGAAUUUCAGCUGGUUCUGUUGCAGCUUCUGAGAGACAAGAAGGUCUGUCUUCUACAGAGAGACGGUGAGAGGCUCGUCAAGUUUGUCCAGGGAGGAAGUAAUCAAGUGACCCCCAUACGAGACACCGAUCUGGGCAUUUAUGACUUACAGAAAAGCGAGAAGCUGCUAUCGGAGAGACUGCAGAGCGCGUGUGACGAAUCUUCAAGGCUGACGGAAGAGGCAAAAAGCUUUAAUAAGGCCGGGAAUAAGCAACAGGCCGUGAGAUGCCUUCGUCGCAGGAAAGUGGCAGAAAAUCAGAUAUCUGCUCUGCAGAGCAAGUUGGACACAGUGCAGAGCAUUCUGGAGAGAAUAUCAAUGGCUGAGACUGACCGCAAGGUGGUGUCUGCGUACCAGGCAGGAGUCUCUGCUCUGCGCUCAGCAAUGAAGGAUGUCAGUCUGGAGAAAGCAGAGAGUUUAGUAGAUCAGAUACAAGAGUUCUGCGACCUGCAGGAUGACGUCAACCAGACCCUGUCAUCAGUGGGAACCAGCGAUCUUGAUGUGGACACAGAUGAGCUGGAGAGAGAGCUGAAUGAGAUUCUUCAGAAGGAGGAGGAGGUGGAGGUGGAGGUGGGCCUUCCAGACGUUCCCACUGGUCCAUUGAUUGCCUCUCCACAGCACCCUCCUCUUAGCCAUCAUGGUGAUAACAGAGCUCUGGACAUGAGCGGGAUGCUGUCUGCCCUCCCAGAUGUCCCUAGUGGUCCCCCUCACUCGUUCUCCACUACGUCCUUCAGUGGGGCAGAGUAAUCAAAGCGCUGCUCUUCAAACCCAUCGUGCACUUUUUCAAUGAUCGUGGGGUGAUUUGUAGAAAAAGUCGCCUCAUAUGGGACUCCUGUUAAUUUAUGUUUCAUUGAUGAGCUGCUUCGAAUUAAAGGGUUAAACCUGAAAAAUCAUAAUCACUAAAAUGGAUUAUCUAGGGUCAUUAUGUACCAGGGCCGCUCGUUCUUUGACUCUGUUCUCACAAAGGCAAGUUUCAUAUAUAGGCGAUAACCAGGGCCGUACAGGAAAAGCUACCAAAAUGACGCCCCCCCCCCCUCUCUGACGUCACUUCCUAAAAGAGUUGGUUCAGGUGCAGGGCCACCAGAGUUGUUCUCCUUCCCUAGGACAGGUUUUCUGCUGUCGUGAGGCGCCCAAAGAUUGCAUGGUUUUCUCGAGGGAUGUGUAGCUCAGACUGCUGUAUAAAAACUGAAAAUGUCUGCUAAAAGGGCUCAUAUACAAUAAAGAGUUGACUUGUU